AUGAGAAGCCGUUCAAAUGCGAUAUAUGCGAAAAAAAAUUCGCUCGAAAAGGGGGAUCUGGUUGUGCAUAUGAGGGCUCAUAUCGAUGCGAGGCCGUUCUCUUGUUUACAUUGCAACAUGAGAUUCAACAGGAAAGAUGUGAUGAGAGCACAUAUGAAGAUUCAUCUCCUUAAUAGGCCCACAUUCAACUGCACUGUAUGCGAUAAAGUUUACCUGUUGGAAUCCACUUUGAAAUCACAUUUGAAGAAUCACGUGAUGAACUGA